UCCUUGCAGCUAACGAAAGGGUUUGUGUAUGCAGAACCAGUUUUAAUUUAAAAAAGAGAAACUAUUGGGACUGUGCAACACUGGAAAAUAAUCAAAGGAAAAAAAUCUAAAUCUAUCCUGCUUUUAAAUGGAUUCCCUAGUUGAAGUGUGGGUUGAUAGCUGGCCCAGAAAUCAGUGCCACAAUGAAUUAAGAUGAUGUUGGCUGCUGUUUGGCUUGGUGUUCAACUGUGUACCAGUUCCCUCAGCAAAACUCACCAUAGGCAAUCGCAUGGGACUAGCAAGAUGAAUAAAAAUAAACUGAUUCAUGAUUUCCUGGAAGUUGUCUCAAGAGGUGAUGUUGAACUCAUCUGUGACCACAUGACUAAAGUCCAUUCCAUCCUUGGAAGCCUUGACUUUCAGCAUCCAGAGACUGGGAAUACGCCUCUCAUUAUUGCAGCAGAAGAAAACCUACCAGAGGUUGUUAGAUUUCUUCUGGAAAAGGGAGCAGAUAUCACCCUUUGCAAUUACAGCAAUCAAACUGCAGUGCAUGUAGCUAACUGUGAUAUUCAAAGACAACUCUUGGCAGUAAAUGGAAUCAAGGCUCCCCAAAUGCAACUUCUACAAAGUUCAUGGCAAGGUGAUCUCGAACAACUUCAGUGCUUACUGGCAUCUGAAGAGUUCCUGGAUGUAAAUUUCCCAAACCAACAUGGCCUGACCCCUCUGAUGCUGGCUGUGAGAGACGUGGACCUGUUUGAAAGUCUUGAUAUGUUAACCGUUUACAGACCUACGGAAGUGCUGUCUGAGCUCCUGAGGCACCACGCAGAUCCUAAACUCUGUGAUUUUAGUGGAAAAUCAACAAUACAUUAUGUGUCACAAAUAAAGAGUAUGAGGAAGCAGAAGUUAUUGGACAUCUUGAUGAAUUCUAUACCAAAGCCAGAAAGACAUGCUGAAUCAUUGCUUGACAUUUGUCAUGAUAUAAACCCUUCUCCAACUGAUAUGAUGACAGGUACCAAAAAUCAAAACAUAAUCCUGCAGAGCAUCAGCACCAGCGAGGAGUCUGAACAAGAUGAUGACUGCAGUCGUUCCAUACUGCAUGGUGGAGAGGGGGAAGGACAAGACUGGCCACCCGGGACAGAAGGUGUUGAGAUUUUUAUGACUUUUCCAAGACGUGUCAGUCAUCUCCAAGAAGUGAGCCAAGAAGAUUUGAAAAAAAGCAAUCACAUCACCUCAAUGCAGCAAGAGUGCACACAAGUGCAUUCUCUUUCCCUCCCAAAUGAAGUGGAGAUGGUGGACUUCAGGACAAAGAUGCUGACCAUGAGGCCUUUACUGCUUAAGAAAGAAGAAAGUUCCAAGGAGCUCUGUGAUGUGGACUUGGGCUUUUUGUUGCCCAGACCUUGCUUAGAACCAAGUAUCUCCAAGUCAGUGACCAGGGAAGAGGUUCCUUAUUGUCUGAAGGGGCAGCAAAGAAAAUCUGAAGAGGUUUCUACAUGUGAUUUGAAAUGCAGUAACCGAAGAGUUGGGUUCCCUCUGCCACCACUGUCACUCUUGCCCAUCAGAUCUGAUGUCCUCACCAGCCCCAAAAGUCACAAGUUUCCAAGAGAGAAAGAAAGAAGUCUUUCAAACUGUGCUUCCUUUGUACCGAAGUUCUCAGUGAGUCCACCACAGGAAGCCUCAUUGAAGGGCUUGGUGGAUCAGAAUCUCAGGACUUCUGGUAGCUAUAUUUGGUCAAGAAACAUGUACUCUCUUUCGAAAGGUAACCACCUGGAUGUGGAGGAAAAUUGGAGGUCCAAGGAAACAGAAGGAUGGGACAAAAUCGAAAUCUCUUGCUUUGAUCAAAGGCAGUGUCCUUUUGAGACUUUUAAGGAAGACAAUAUUCUUAUAAAUAGGGGAGCAGAUUUUGAAUGUCAUGGUAGUGAUAUGAGAAAGGCAGAAGAGAACUCCCAAGAUCUUUCAUCAAGAAAGAAACCAGGUUCAGCAGCUAGGAAGCAUGAACAAGAUUCAGAAAUUGUAUGUACCUUUCCAAGUAAGCUGCAAGAAGCCCAACGUUCAGAAAUAACUCCAACUGAAGAUGAAGAGAUUAGGAAUGAUACAACUGAUUCAAAAAGCCCUUCAUUGCAUAAAAGCAAAGCCAUAGAACCAAACAUUUUCGAAGAGUUUACUGAACUUAAAAGUUUGUCAAAUGCGAUUUCUGAUGGUCCCAUUGAAAAGGUUCUAGAAGGCCAUCCCAAUAUGGAGACAAACAUGAAAAUAGCCGUAGCGGAAGAAAGCAAAACAGAAAUGAAUGAGAAGAUGCCUCUUGUCAGCAUCACUUUCCCUGAUGCUGGCACCCCCAAGGAACCAGCUGUAGUCAAACCAACCCUCCAAAAAAGAAAGAGCACCAUUCACAGCGAUAGCUUCAGCAUACUUGUACACCACGAAAAUGACAAGCGUAAGAAUAUCCGUAGAAGUAAAUUGGAUUCAAAGACCAAGACAAGUAAGAGGACAUCUCAGAAUUUCACGAUUUCCAUUCAAGCUUCUAUUAAGCCUAGUGUGCAUACAACUAGCAUAAAAACUCAGGUUUUCCCUGCUUUAGAGCUGGUUGACCCUCGGCCUCAGCAAUCACCCAGGUUUCAAAGGAGAGCACCACAGAUAGAAAAGAAGCAGUCAGCUUACCAAACUCAGAACCCUAAAAAGCAAUCAUUUCCUUGCAUCUGUAAAAAUCCAGGAAUAAAAAAACCGUGUGUCCCUCUCUCUGCUCAACCAGCAGAGCCAAGACUACAUUACCCGGACCUUAAGUAUAGUGACAUGUUCAAAGAAAUCAACUCAACUGCUAAUGGCCCUGGAAUAUAUGAAAUGUUUGGGACUCCUGUUUAUUGUCACAUGCGAGAGGCUGAACGACAUGAAAACAAAUUUUACCGUGAGUUAUAUUCAGCUCCGUCAGGCAGAUGUAUAACCAAUAAAUGUCGAUCUUCGCACAGUGAGAGGAGCAGCAACAGAACAAGACUUUCUCAGAAAAGAUCUCAUAUUAAACCACCAAAGCCUUCAGUUGUUCUUAAACAAAAGCACAAAGGCUUAAUUUCUAAAGAAAAGGGUUGCAAGGCUGUAGGUAGAAACCUACAAGACUCUGAAAAUAGUAAUGGUAUUUCACAAGCAGGCUGGCAGAUAAAAUCUCCAGGAAAUGACUUUCUAUCUCCCAAAGAUGAAGCUCAGCCCGUGAACUUGGCCCAGACUCUUGGGAAGCCCCCUGAACAGAACCAGUUCCUUGCUGUUUCAGAUUUACCCAUCGUUGAAGAGAUCUCCAUGGAAGAGCCUACCAACAAAGGAGAUAUUUCUAACCAUCAGAUACUCAGCACAAGCCUUAGCGAUCUGCAAGAACUUGAAGAGCUACAUCAUCAGACCCCAUUUGUCCCUUUAGAAAACAGCUGGACCAUGCCCACUGAGAAGAGUUCUGUCAAGCACGUACUGCCAGAAAAGCAGAGUACAACACCUCUGGAUAAAAUAAAUGCCAGUCAAAUGUUAAUGAAUUAUCUAGAAUUUGAUAAUAUUUUAGAUAAGCCUAAAACACUUGCAAGUUUCUCUUUCCAAGAGAAGCAAGAGAGCGCAUCUUCCCCAAUAUAUCAAUAUUGGGCACAUUCUUUGGAUCAUGAUAGUUUAACAGAUAAAUCCAUCACAUUUCAAACAUUUGGAAAUACUUUAAAGGAUACAGGUUCAAUUUCCCGAGAAAGUCUGGACUCAGUAAAGAAUGAAGACUUGACAGAUGAACUACUAGGUUGUCUAGCUGCAGAACUAUUAGCUCUUGAUGAAAAAGAUAACAGCUCUUGCCAAAUAAUGUCAAAUAAAAGAGAUACUGAAAACUUGAAUCUUGUUCUCAGUAGGAGAGGAAAUACCAAAAAAGAAGUGGACAGAGAGAUGACAAGUAUAACGAUACAGAGGUAUAGUAAUGGCUUCAGGAUAUGUGACAGGGAGGAGAAAUGUCUGACCUCAAAUGAAAGGAUGUUUUCUGAAAAUAGUUUAAAGCAUGAAGAAUCUAUCCUGUGGACCAAGGGUGAGAUCCUUGGGAAGGGAGCCUACGGCACGGUCUACUGUGGUCUCACUAGCCAAGGGCAGCUAGUAGCGGUAAAACAAGUAGCUUUGGAUACCUCUGAUAAAUUGGCUACUGAGAGGGAAUACCGGAAACUUCAGGAAGAGGUAGAUUUGCUCAAAGCAUUGAAACACGUUAACAUUGUGGCCUAUUUGGGGACAUGCUUGGAAGAGAACGUUGUAAGCAUUUUCAUGGAGUUUGUUCCUGGUGGCUCAAUCUCUAGUAUUAUAAGCCGUUUUGGGCCGUUGCCUGAGAUGGUAGUUUGUAAAUAUACCAAACAAAUUCUGCAAGGUGUUGCUUAUCUCCAUGAGAACUGUGUGGUACAUCGAGAUAUCAAAGGAAACAAUGUUAUGCUAAUGCCAACUGGAAUAAUAAAGCUGAUUGAUUUUGGCUGCGCCAAGCGCUUGGCCUGGGCAGGCUUAAACGGCACUCACAGCGACAUGCUGAAGUCCAUGCAUGGAACUCCAUACUGGAUGGCCCCAGAAGUCAUCAAUGAGUCUGGCUAUGGAAGAAAAUCAGAUAUCUGGAGCAUUGGUUGCACUGUGUUUGAGAUGGCCACAGGGAAGCCUCCACUGGCUUCCAUGGACAGGAUGGCAGCCAUGUUUUAUAUUGGAGCACACCGAGGGCUGAUGCCUCCUUUGCCAGACCACUUCUCAGAAAAUGCAGCAGACUUUGUGCGCAUGUGCCUAACCAGGGACCAGCAUGAGCGACCUUCUGCUUUCCAGCUUCUGAAGCAUUCUUUUUUGAAGAGAAAUCAGUGAACACACAAGAUCCUUCCCAGGGCCAUAUAAAUGGUUACUGCUUAGCUGUGGAGAAUGAUGGUUGAGAUCCUUCUUUCAAUUUCUUAACCAGAUUCUGCAGUCACUAAAAAUCUUACAUAUUAGCAUCCUCAAGCUUGAGGUGUUAUCGUAUGUAUAAGAGGAAUAUUUUAAAUAAUGAGAACCUAUUCCAGUGUUUACAGUUUUAACUAGGAACUACCAUCUCUAUUGCAUUAUAUAUUUCCUUUAAUUUCUGGCCUUUCAGUUUUCCUGUCAUGUUUUAAAUAAAUCGUACAAAGAACCUA